AAUAAACACGGACUAAGAAGUAAAAAAAAAAGCGUUAUGUGCCUAAACUGUAAGCGGAUGAGACUGAAACACGAAAGAUGUUGAAAAUGGCAGUACGUUGGAAUUGGAGGCCACUCUCUUCCCUCCCUCUACCUCAUUUCACAAACAAAAACCUCCACACACCAAACCCUAAUCUUCGAUUAACCACCUCCAACCUCUUUUCUUCUGCUUCUCUGCAAACCUUACCUCCUCUCAAUGGCGAACUGGACCCAUACCUCCGCUGUUCCCUGCCGCAGAACCCACUCCGAGUCGCCGUCCUUGUCAGCGGAGGCGUCGACAGCAGCGUCGCUCUCCGUCUCCUUCACGCCGCCGGUCAUUCCUGCACCGCUUUCUAUCUCAAGAUAUGGUUCCAAGAAGACUUUGAGAACUUCUGGUCGGAAUGCCCUUGGGAAGAUGAUUUGAAAUAUGCUAAAGACGUUUGCAAUCAGAUUGAAGUACCAUUAGAAGUUGUUCAUUUGACAGAUGAAUACUGGAAAAACGUGGUUUCUUACAUUAUUGAAGAGUAUCGGUGUGGUCGAACUCCGAACCCAGAUGUUCUUUGCAAUACAAGAAUAAAAUUUGGUGCGUUUUUGGAUGCAAUUGGUGGUAUGGGUUUUGACUAUGUUGCCUCUGGUCAUUAUGCAAAGGUUGUCCAUUCAUUUGUGGAUAAGACAGAUGGCGCUUCUAUUCUAGAACUAUCACAAGACAUGGUAAAGGAUCAAACUUACUUCUUAUCCCACCUAUCACAGUCCCAGCUGAAGCGACUUCUUUUUCCACUUGGUUGUAUUCCCAAGGAUGAAGUCCGCAAGCUUGCCACAAAAUUUGAUCUUCCAAAUAAGGAUAGGAAGGAUUCCCAGGGAAUAUGCUUUUUGGGCAAGAUAAAAUUCAGUGAAUUUGUUGCAAGACAUAUUGGGGAAAAAGAAGGUAUCAUACUAGAAGCUGAGACAGGUGAUUUCCUUGGCAAACAUAGGGGCUUCUGGUUUUAUACUAUAGGUCAACGCCAGGGUCUACGGCUACCUGGAGGUCCAUGGUAUGUUGUUGAAAAGGAUGUAAAAAAUAACGUAGUUUUUGUGUCCAGAAACUACUUUUCUUUGGACAAAAGAAGGCGCAUAUUCCGUGUUGGCUCUUUCAAAUGGCUUAGUGGGUUACCCCCUAAGCAGACAAGUCAGCUUCGAUGCAAGGUGAGACAUGGUCCCGGGUUCUAUGAUUGUAUCUUACAAAUGGAACUUGAAGGAGAUGACUUAAUUGACUCUGCCAUCGUUAGCAUAUCUGAAGAUGAUCAAGGCCUAGCAGCUGGACAGUUCACAGCCUUCUAUGAGGGAAGAACAUGCAUUGGUUCUGGUGUGAUUUUGGAGUCCGGGAAUGAUCAAACUUAUCCUGUAUGUGCAAAAGCUUUAGAAAUUGCAAGAAUGGAAGAUAAAUCCAAGAUUGGGAAUCCGGUAAAGAUAAAAGUUAAACCAGAUAACCCACAAGAAGUGUGUGAUUCCACAGAAUUGGCAAGUAAAACUUCAUAGGAGAGUAAGAAAUUCUAGAGUUGCUCCCCUCAUAAACCGAACCCGCAGACUGGCAGGCAUGGUUCUGUAGGAUGGUACCAGUCUCCGUCAGGCCUUCAGAAGAACACAUGUUUGUUUGGAGGGAGGGAUGCUACAUUAAAUUGCAAUCCAAGGUGGUAGGGGUCAUCUGCACAUUCUUUAGAAGUACAAAUGGAUCAUUUACGGCAAGUGGCAAGUGAAAGAGAUAAUGAAGGAAAAAGAUUUGGAGAGAUAGAUAACUUAUGAGAGAGACUGAUAGUGUAGAAUCCUACCCUGAACAUAAUAAGGGGAUGUAUGGAGAGAAUCCUACCCUGAAAGAAUGUACUUUAUUUACAACAUACCUUAAGGUUUGCGGUCACUUCUCCUCAGCAUGUCUUAUGCAUGAGUGAGACAUUUCUUUAUAAAAAAAUUUUU